AUGAAUGAUAAUAAAAUAACAAUUAGGAUUAUACUAUCAUCAACCAAACAAUUAUUAUUAUCAUUUGAUAAAUCAAAUACUCUUAGUCAUGUAAUCAACCAUUUAAUAGAAUCUAAACCAAAAGAGUUAUUUGAUCAAAAUGAAGAUUUGAAUCAUUCCAAUCUUGAAUUUAUUUAUUCUGGUAAAUUGUAUUUACCAGAGAUGACAUUGGAAUCUGUACAACAAUCACAAAGUAACAAAUUACCUUUAAAUUUACAAUUGGUGUUGACUAGGCGACAACCACAACAACAACAACAACAAAGAGCUCAAACCGAUACGUCAAUAGAUACUCUUGUUGAUGAAUUAUCUAUAGAGGAAUUAAAUCAUUUUCAUGGUUGUAUCUAUGACCAAGAUGAAGCAAGACAUAUAAACACAAUAUUUCAAUCAAAACAAGAUACAAAUUAUACAGUCUCUUUAAAUUUCCUAUCAAGAUUUUUACAUUCUUUUUGGAGAUUUAUGUUACAAAGACGGGGUGGAGUAGAUCAACAACAACAACAACAACAACAACAACAACAACAAUUUUCUUCUUCUUCUUCUUUUGAAAACUCCAAUGAUAAUGUUGGUGGAGUUGGAAGUGAUGAAAGAUUUCCAAUUCAAAGAUUUAGUAAAAUAUUAUCAGAUCAAUUUGGAAUGGAUUCUAGCAACUUGGAACAAAGGGUAGAUUUAAUUCAAUUUAGAAUCGUUUUUUAUUUAUUUACUUGUGAUGCUCAAGAUAUAGAAUGUCCUCAUGGUAGUUAUCAAGAAGUAAAAGAAUUAACCAAACAAUAUGUAAAUUUGAACACAAGUCAUCUAUCACCUAUAUUUGAUGAAUUUAAAUUUAAUCAACUUUAUAGAAUGGUUAAAGGUAUAAAUAAUCAACAACCAAUUGAAUCUUUAUUAUCUCAUGAAAAUUAUAGUAAUAAUAAUAAUAAUAGUAGUAGCGGUACAAGUAAUAAUAGUAAUUCAGAUAUUGGAGGUAAUUUAACAUGUCAACAAAUAGAAUUAUUACUUUAUUUAUAUUUAAAUCAUUUAAAUCCACCAAAUCAAUUUACAAUGGGAUCAAGGAAUAAUUCGACUGUUGGAUUAUCAAAUCAAUAA